CUUUCCUGGAGUAUAUAGUCUAUAACUAAGAGCGCUGUGAUGUGUAAUAAUAAUGAUAAACAGACAGACGAGUCUUUGAAUAUUUAGUGACUCCAGUGUGUAACGUGGUAUGAAUUUAAGAUUUCUCUUGUGUGUCGGUACAGAGAUGCAGACGGAGCGUGCAAAGAGGAUGGACUCUGCAGGAGAAGAAGCAUCCCUGAAUUCACCUGAGCUGCCCUGGAACCAGCUCUAUUUGAAGAGAAGGACCGAGUCCAGGAUCCAGUUAAGGAGGAGAGUGCGCUUCACUGGCCCUGCUGCUGCUGCUGUUACCGGGGUAUUGGCAAUCCUCAUACUGGCUGCUGGCAGUGUGAGCAGCGACAGUGAGUUUGUGAAAGUCCCGCGCUCAGUGAAGUGUACUGAGGGGCAGGACUGUAUCCUGAGCUGCUCUUUCGACUACAUUAUAGCUGGACGCUGGGAUGAGCAGUUUGAUGUGAUCUGGAGACAAGCAGAAACACGCCGCAUCGUUCAUAGUUACUUUGACAACAGGGAGCAGCUUGACCAUCAGCUCCCUCAGUAUGUGAGCAGGACCAGCCUGUUUGUUUCUGAGCUGCAGCGCGGGAAUGCUUCACUGCUGCUGAAGAGAGUCAGGGAGAAAGAUGCUGGAGAAUAUGAGUGCUCUGUUUACACUCCUAAACGGCACGGGUCGGGCCUGAUUGAGCUCUAUUUGAAGAGAUGGACCGAGUCCAGGAUCCAGUUAAGGAGGAGAGUGUGCUUCACUGGCCCUGCUGCUGCUGCUGUUACCGGGGUAUUGGCAAUCCUCAUACUGGCUGCUGGCAGUGUGAGCAGCGACAGUGAGUUUGUGAAAGUCCCGAGCUCAGUGAAGUGUACUGAGGGGCAGGACUGUAUCCUGAGCUGCACCUUCAACUACACAGCUAUUCAGCACUAUGCCUUGAACGCAGAUAAGAAAACAUCAGAGCGUCAUCAUGUACGCAGGAAUACUGAAGAAUAG